AUGUUGCGAGACGCCACACUCUGUCUUCUAGGCUGUGGUACGCAAAUAUCCCUUCCACACGGUNNGCUUGCACUGCUAAUCAAUCUCCCUUGGAAAGGCAACCUUGGGACGCCUAUCAUCAGCAGCUUGGUUCAGGUAGAUCCGGUGCAGAACGAUGAAAUACGAAUCAUUCGUUUUAUAGCUUGCACACGAAGUGAGGACUCGGAGCGACGACUGAAGGGUCAAUUCUCUCAGGAUCACAAUGUCACCGUCUACAGGCACAAUAACGUUCAAGCGGUCAGGGAGUCAGACAUCAUAAUCUUGGCAGUCGACCCUUCUGCUGUUCGAGAUACUCUGACCGAGGCUGGACUUCGAGAAGCCUUGGGAAACAAGCUUGUCAUUAGUGUCGCCGCUGGUUGGACUCGCGAGAAACUGGAAGAAGUACUCUACGGUGACAAAUCCGCCCCUGACAACGCAAAGGAUCGCGCUUGGGUGCUUCGUACCCUACCAAACAUUGCAGCACAGGUUUCUCAAUCCCUCACCGCCAUUGAGAUCUCGAAACCUUCGAUACCGGCUCCAUAUCUGGCCAUCGCUGAAGCCAUCUUCCAAAAGAUAGGAAAGACCGUGCAGAUCGAACCAAGACUGAUGGAUGCAACGACUGCUUUGGGAGGUUCGACGCCAGCAUUCUUUGCUGUCAUCUGCGACGCCCUGAUUGAUGCCGCAGUGGCAGUUGGCGUUCCAAGAGCGACUGCUCAUGUUAUGACCUUUCAAGCCAUGCAAGGAACUGCCUCGCUUCUGCAGAGUGGCGUUCACCCGGCGCUUCUCAAGGAUCAAGGAACGUCUCCAGAAGGGUGUACCAUUGGAGGCCUGAUGGUUAUGGAGGAAGCUGGUGUACGUGGCCAUAUCGGAAGAGCCCUCCGUGAAGCAGUCACCAUUGCUCGUCGCAUGGACAGCGACCCGCAUGUUAACGAUACACGACACUAA